GGUUUAUUCUAAUCAGAAGUUGAAGUACGGAACUUAUUUUUUCUUUACAGUUUAGUAAUAUUUUUUAAUUUCAUUCUAAUUUCAACAAUUUUCUUUACGCAAUACUUUUAUAUAUAAAGUAAACAUUAGUGAUAUUUGUGACAAACUUUAAAGUCUGAUCUAAACUGUGCCCAAAGCACGGCAUACUAAAAACGCACAAAACUAGCGACAAUAUAGUGUAGCAAAUAAACAACAACAAGAAAAUAUUACACCAAAAAUAUUCCAUUUAUAUAUACACCAGAUAAAUUAAAGCACAAAACCAUUGCAUUUCAUAGAAACUAAAUGUUAUCGGCCGCUUGGAGAAACGUACAACUGGGUGUUGUACGCAAUCUGACCGCUGCUUAUUUUCGAGGUGUGUGCAGUGGCGUACGCCCGCUGGCUGGUGCGAGUGCACUUGUACUUGCCACCAACCGGCAAAGUCCGGAAUUUGUGUCGCUGCGACGAAAUGAUAACAAAAUACAAAAAUUAAUCAACGUUGGUAUUAACAGAAUGCAUAGCUCUGUGGAGGAUAUAAAUUUGAACUCAAUGCACAUAAAAGUUUUGCCGGCACUGCAAGACAAUUUUAUGUAUUUGAUAAUUGAUAGCUCAACAAAAGAAGCCGCAAUUGUUGAUCCCGUCGAUCCGGAGAGUGUGCUCGCCGCUGUAAGAGCUGAAAAUGUGCAUCUCACUAAAGUUUUAACAACACACCAUCACUGGGAUCAUGCGGGUGGUAAUGAAAAAUUGGUUAAACUUUUCGGCAAACCAUUAGCCGUAUAUGGUGGUGACGAACGUAUUGGUGCGCUCACAAAUAAAGUCAAUCAAGAUGAUAAAUUUGAAAUUGGCAAUUUGAAAGUGAGUUGCCUAUUCACGCCCUGCCACACCACAGGACACAUCUGUUACUAUAUUGAAUCGCCGAACAGUGAUGACCGCGCUGUUUUCACUGGUGACACUCUGUUCCAAGGUGGUUGUGGACGUUUCUUUGAAGGCACACCCGAUCAAAUGUACUCGGCGUUGUGUCAGAAAUUAGCCGCUUUACCGGAAGACACCAAAGUCUUUUGUGGACAUGAAUAUACAUUGCAGAAUAUGGCGUAUGCGCGUCAUGUUGAACCCAUGAAUGAUCGCAUUAUGAAACGUAUAGAAUGGGCAAAGUUGCGACGUGCUACUAAAGCACCAACUGUACCGUCUACUAUUGGCGAGGAGAAAUCUUGGAAUCCAUUCAUGCGUGUACAUGAGCCAAAUGUACAGAAACAUGCUGGCGAGCAAGAUCCCAUUAAGACUAUGGGCAGUUUGCGUAAGGAGAAGGACACCUUUAAAGCUUAAAGCUUAUGGGUUUAACAUCCUCGAAGGGAGUGCAUAGCAAAAUGGUGUUGGGUAGUCUCUUAAAUAUUAUGCACAAACUUUGAAUGUUUUCAUAUACUAAAUAUGUAUAUUUUGUUGUUAUUUUUAUUGUUUUUAUGUGUAUGUUAAUUCCAAAAAAUGUGAAUUUAAAAUUCACUAUAAUCAGCACUUACUACAGCGUAUAACAAAAUUAAUUUUUGUUAAAUUUUAUGAAAAGGUAACUCUGUUGACUU